AUGGAAACAGUGGUUGUGAAACAGGGGAAGGAUCUUGUGUUCGGCUCGAACGAGCGGUUCCAAAUCGAGNAUGGUGGUUCUAGAGGUCAUGAUGAUCUUGGAAGUCCCGUAAGAGAAGAGAACGAAACAGCAGUCUCGCAAACGAUCUUAAGAGACAAUAAAGACAUUACAAAAGUUUUACCAGCAAAGAAUCUUGAAGAAACAAAGUUAACUUGUGAAGCAUCAUCCUCCGUGUCUAUUGAUAUGAAAUCUGUUGAAGCUUUGGAAUCAAUAACAGAUGCAAGUGUAUGUUAUAAUAAUCUUGCUGUGGAGGAAGAAGUAGAUGGGUUGCUUUUGGGUUCAUUGAUAGAAGAAGAAGAGAAGAAAGGAGAUCCUGAUCAUGAAAAGCAAAAUCUUUCUACAUGGAGGAACCUUAUACAGAAGCACAUGGUCAUGAGAGACAACAGCGAGGCAAAUCGUUAUGAAACUGAGCAAGAACACAAGUGGUCAUAUGGAACUGAUCAGAUGACUGGAAUUGAAGAUGGUAAUGCUGCAGCAGUGAAGUCGAUUCAGCUAGCAUUUGAAACGAUUCUCUCCGAGAUACCUGACUCAUCAUCCGACGAAGAGAUUGAUUCAGAAUCAUCUAACUCUCUUAAAGAGGAGAAAGAACAUCAAGGAGAGACCAAGAAGAGCUGGAACAGCCUGAGAAAGGUUAUACAUUUAAAAAGAUUUGUGAAAAGCUUAGAGAAAGUACAGGUUUUUAAUCUGAAAAAGCUGCGAAUUCUACCUGUUGAAUCUGCAUUUGAGGCAGAAAAUGUAUUCCUGAGACACCAACCAAUAAUGGAGGGAAGAAGAACAGAGGGAGAUGAACUGAUGCUAGAUUAUGCUCUUAGACAAGCUAUAUCAAGAUUGGCUCCUGUACAGAGAAAGAAGGUCGAACUCCUUGUGCAGGCCUUUGAUACAGUUCUUGAUGGCCAUGAUACUCCUAAACAAACCACGACCAGUGGUACCACCCCUAGGAUCAAUGAUGAUGAUGAAACUGGCGAAGAAGGAAAAACAAAUCUAGAGGAAGAAUGUGAAGUUAAGAAAGAUGAGAAGAAGAUUAAAAAUGUCUUUGCAAGAUUUCAAAUACAUCAAAAAGACUUGAAAGGAGAAGAGGAGGUUGAUUCUACGCCGAAGGAAUCCAGAAAUUUGCCUGCUUCUAUCAGAAAUGUCAAGCAGGGAAUUGUGAUUGAGAAAGAGAAAGAUUCGAGAAUGUGGAAACUCAUCUAUAAACACAUGGUAACGGAGAAAGAAGGAACUGAUUCUACAAAUGGUGAAACAGUGGCUUCAGUUGAAGAUGAAUGUGAUGAUGAGGCUGGUGGUCUUCAGAUUGAUGCUAGAAGAAGCGGAACAGUUACACUUGUUAGAGAAGCGCUUGAGAAGAUUCUGUCUGAAAUCCCGGAUAACUCAUCUGAUGAUCAAUCUAUGGACAGUGACAUAACUAUGGAUCAAACACUAUCCGAAAGAAACUCUCAAGUUAGUGAAGAGCAUGUUUCUUCAGCUAGGGAGGGCGCCUUCAAACCAAAGUCUAAUGAGAAAAGAGUGAAAGGAUGGAACAAUGUGAAGAAAGUCAUUCUUCUAAAGCGUUUUGUUAGCGAUUUGGGAAGUCUAACAAGACUCAGCCCCAAGACACCUCGGGUUUUGCCUUGGGAACCUGAUCCAGAAACAGAAAAGAUCCGUUUGAGGCAUCAGGAAAUUGGAGGGAAGAGGAAUUCAGAGGAAUGGAUGCUUGAUUAUGCUCUACGGCAAGCAAUAUCGACAUUAGCACCGUCUCAGAAAAGAAAAGUUUCUCUUCUUGCACAAGCUUUCGACACUAUAAGCUUACAAGAUAUGGGGAGUGGUUCAACCCCCGGUUCAGCAGCAACGUCAAGGAACAUCUCGCGUCAAUCCAGCAUUUCUUCUACUGUGGUCCAUAAUGAAAAUGAAGGUAAUGCUGAGAUUCUAAGAGGAAGAUUGAGAAAUCUACAAGAGGAUCUCAAAGAGAGUACAAAACUUGAUGGUGUAGCCAAUGAUUUUGAGGAGAAACAACAAUGCUCGGGCUUGUGGCGAUUAUUAUGCAGACAGAUGGAAGACAAUGAGAGAAACCAAGCAUUGCCUGAAGAAACAAGAAAAGAAGUGGAAGAAGAAGAAUCAAAGGACGACACAAAAGUGGAUGGUGAAAAGAUGGAACUUUACCAAACUGAAGCAGUGGAGCUAUUAGGAGAAGUCAUAGAUGGAAUCUCUCUUGAAGAGAGUCAAGAUCAGAACCUCAUCCAAGAAGAAGAAACAAAACAGAAGAGUGGAACUUUACAGGUCUCAAAAGUGAGGAUUGACCGAUGGAGCAACCUCAAAAAAGCAAUUUUGCUUAGGAGAUUCGUCAAAGCCUUAGAGAAUGUAAGAAAAUUCAACCCGAGAGAGCCUCGGUUCUUGCCUCCAAACCCCGAAGUUGAAGCUGAAAAAGUGAAUCUACGGCAUCAAGAAACUCAAAACAAGAGAAACGGGGAUGAAUGGAUGGUCGAUAACGCGCUUCAAGGAGUGGUUUCGAAGCUAACACCAGCUCGGAAACUUAAAGUUCAGUUAUUGGUGCAAGCUUUUGAGACACUUUCAGCAGAGAACUGAGACAAACAUUAUGUCUUAUUUAUUACACACAGUUUUCAGUUCAUAAGAACCAUGAAGAACAAGACCUGAAAGACUUAAUCAAGCAACAGCUGGAAGAUAACAAUAGCUCAUGUGUAUGCUCUUGCAAAUCAUCUCUCAUGUGUUUUUUAGUUUUUUGUUCUUGCAUUGAUUCAUCAUUUUGACUAAAAUGGAUUCAAUUACUGAAUUCUCCAACCU